AUGUAUAAAAACCUGGUCAUUCCUCGAUACUACGCUUGUUCCAUUUUCACACUUUACUAUACCUUCACCACUGUAACAGGAAACUUGUUAGGACUGGAAGGACUGGAAAUCAACACAUGGCCUACAGAGAUAUGUAGCACUAUGCAUGGAAAAUUUCAGCCUCCAAGGAUUAGCGGAAUCAAAAAUGAAAGCGACAGGAGGUCAACCGCCGACAAGGCGUGGCUCAACCACACACAGGAGCUACAAAUACAGAGGAAAGGACUCCACCUAACACAGUUCAGGUGUCGACUGCAAGGGACAAGCAUCAUGAAGACUCUGGUUGUAUUGGCAGUGCUGGGCGUGUGCUCCGCCUCCCUCCAGCAGGCCUACAACCACGGCUACAACUACGUCCAGCCUCGGUACGUCGGACCCUUGGCAUCCACCGUCCCCGCCGGCGUCGACGGAACCAUCACUCCCGUGUCCGAUACCUACGAAGUGGCCGCCGCUCGUGGCGCCUUCUUCAGGGCCUACCAGGAUCAGCUGGCGACUGUGAACGCCCUCCGCUACGGCGCUCCCGCCACCCACUACGCCGUGCACCACGUGCGCCAGCUGUGCACCAGAAUGUAGCAGCUGUGCACCACAGUGCGCCAGUUGUGCACCAGAAUGUAGCAGCUGUGCACCACAGUGCGCCAGCUGUGCACACCGGCGUGCCAGCUGGCCACUACUCCGCGGGCCUCGGCCAGGUCCGCGAUACCCCCGAAGUGUCGGCCGCAAAGGCUGAGUUCUUCCGCCUGUACAACCAGCAGGCAGCAGCAGCAGCCGCAGCGCCAGACCAUCAUACUCAAUACAACUACUGAGCUGUCAGAUAAUGAAACUUUUGCAAAACUUUUAAACAUUUUGAUCGUCAAAUAAAGGCCAAGAACUGCA